GCUGGGUCCAGCUCAGUUCCUCUUUCUGACUGUAACUGCAUCAAUUGCCAACUAACAGGAUUCACUGGAAAAAGAUCUCAUCCUUAGAUCCCCAAAGAGACCAUCCAGACCAUUAUCACCAGGUUGUCCACCUUAUCCACGAAGUUGAACUUUUCUAAGCAAGCAAACACUUUUUGCACAAUGGAGCAGCAAUUUGAUUACUCAGGAGGUAAUGUGUCAAUCCAAGAUAUAUAUGAAUAUGAUAUAGGUAAUGCAUCAAUCCAAGAUAUAUAUGACUACUCUGAUAUUUGGGAAACAUACCACUGGAUAGGUCAGGAGACCUUAAUUGCUCCAAAUAUUUCUACAGUACAAGAAUUCCUUCCUUUUCCUAAUGAUCAACUGUUCGAUAAUUUAACACGAAAUCUUAUCGAUGGGUUCAUUGUCCUUAUUUGCAUUUUAGGCCUGGUGGGAAAUGGAAGGACCAUUUACCUCCUGGCCUUUUCCAUUAAGAGGAAUUCUUUCACCACUUUCAUUCUGAAUCUCUCCAUGGCUGAUUUUGGGGUCCUCGCAUCCCUCAUUAUGACAGAAAUAUUUGUGAUCGUCUUAACUCUGAAUCAAAGAACAUAUGUGGUUGAUACCUUUUUCUUGUUAUUUUUUGAGCUCUUUUUCUUCACCUAUUCUGCUAGCCAGUUUCUGCUGACGGCCAUCAGCCUGGACAGGUGUGUGGCGGUCCUCUUCCCACUCUGGCAUCGCUGCCAUCGUCCUCCAUAUCUGUCCACCCUGGUUUGUGGCCUCAUCUGGAUCCUCUCCUUCCUAAUCUCUGUGGUGCACUUCCUUCUCCACCAGACCAAGACUUUUGGAAGUUCACCUUUGUUAUACCAGUUGAUUGUGAAUGGUUUACUUUGUACACCUCUCAUGGUUGUCUCCACUGUGACUCUCUGGAUUCACAUGAGGUCUAAAUCGCAACGCAGUCAAAGAAAGUUGCUCACCACCAUUUUUCUAGCUCUUCUUUUCUUCCUCCUCUUUUCUCUCCCAAUGAAUGUCUUUUAUGUCAUUCAUUAUUUUGAUACCUAUAAUCUCCUCCUCAUGACCAUUGGGAUAGGAUGCGCCUCUCUCAACAGCAGCAUCAACCCUCUCCUUUAUUUUUUCAUUGGGAGGAAGCAGAGAGGAAAGGACCAGCCCAGAGCAUCAUACAAGGUUGCUCUGCAAAGAGUCUUCAAGGAUGAGAAGGGCAGCCCAGAAGAGCAGCAAACCAUGAAGGAAGACCAGUUGUGA